ACCAACAGGUGAGCUUCACUCACGCUGUGGAUCGGGGGAAACAUGGGCAAACUUCAGGAGUUUGAGAUCAAGUUUGACAACAACAAAGUGGUGUAUACUCCUGGUGAGUCUAUCUCUGGAACCGUGAGAUUCAAACUGGGACAGCCGCUGCAGUGUAAAGCAAUCAAAGUGAACUGCAAUGGUUUCUGUGGCAUCACCAGUAAGAUAAAUGAGACGGCGUGGUCUGAGGAGGAGCAGUACUUCAACAAUACAAUCUCUGUUGCAGACAAAGGAACCCUCAUACAGGGAGAGCAAACGUAUCCCUUCAAGUUUCUCAUACCAGCCUCUGCUCCGACAUCUUUUGAAGGCAACUAUGGUAGGAUCAUUUACAGAGUGAGAGCUUUCAUUGACACGCCACGAUUUGCCAAGGACUACAACACAGAGAAACCUUUCUACCUGCUAAGCCUCCUAAACCUGAAUGAAGUGCCAGACAUAUGGGGAAGCUGUUCAUCUGCAGUGACACAGCAGUUCACCUACAUGCUGAUGAAAACUGGCACAGUGGUCAUGAAGGCCCAGACCGACAUGAAGGGUUACACACCAGGCCAGAUCAUCCAGGUGUUGACCAACAUCCACAACCAGUCUGGAAAGACCACAGGCAACAUGGCGGCCAGCCUGAUGCAGAGAGUGACCUAUGAGACGAAGAGGCCCACCUAUGACGUGAGGACGAUAGCAUCGGUGGAGGGUGGUGUGGUGAAGGCUGGCAAGGAGUUGGAGUGGAAGGAGCAGAUCAUCGUUCCUCCUCUGCCUCAGUCUUCCCUCGCUGGCUGUGAACUUAUAAAGAUUGAAUAUUAUAUCAAAGUCGGUCUAAAGUCUCCAGACGUCAUGGUGACGUUACCCAUCCACAUCGGGAACGUCUCCCUGGACAAAAAACUGCAGCCUUGCAAUAAAGCAGCUGCUCCCUCCUCUGCCACAGCUGAAGACAAACCAGCAUCAGCCUCUAUGCCUGACACCACCAUCGCCACCACCCCCACCCCCACCCUACCCCCACGCCCUGGCCCAAAACCCGCUCCUCGUCCCAUUCCUCGCUCCAGGACGUCCUCGCAUAAUUCCCCCAGUGCUCCUUCCGCUGACUACCACCAGGGAGCAGAGGGUGGGACACUGAUGAACGAUGGCUUCCCCAACAAGCGCCAGUCUCAGCUGGUGUCACCCCACGCUUUCAGCUAUGCCCCCGGCCUCUUUUUCCCCCACAACCAGCAGCCCAGUGGGCCCAGCACUGUACCCUGUGGGCCUAUGUUCAGUGGGUCCACAGGGGCCACAGCACCUUACCCCACUGAGAACAGUGCUAGCUCAAUGCCGACACCACUCAUCCUGCCUCCGGAUUACGUCACCUCAGCAUAUCCACAAGAGGCCCCUCCUUCUUAUGAUGCGACCUGUAACACAUGAAGUGGAUAAAGAACCAACAACCUUCCACCAGAUUGGAAAUCAGGUCACUCUGAUGUCAAACUAAAUGUUGUCCUGCCAUUAAAGAAAAAAAUUGGUACUUAGAAUAAAUGAUUGCAAGACACAGGAAACCUAAUGUUACCUGGUAUCAUGAGGGUGUUUUAGCUUUUGAUAAUGUAACGCUGCUGCCCAGUGAAGUACCCUCACUAAUCCAACGGGAGUUAUUCUCUCCAUUUAAACAAAUCAAUGUCUGUCCUUUUUUAGGUACUAAGUUAAAGAAAGGACAAGGGGAAUUGCACAAUUUAUUUUUGCUGUUCUUUGUACAGUAACAGGAGUCAUGUUCUUAGUUGUGACUUAUUUAGAAAUCCCGCAGAUGGCAUCUGUGAUGUCAAGGUUGAACGUUUUAUGUACCAAAGCCUGUGCAAAACAAACCAUCUCAUCUGGUGUUUUGUCUAAUAUUCUCAUUUAUUCAGGAGCAAAAUAAGGAUUUUUUUUUUAAAUUGGAAACAGGUGAAAUCAUCUUCAUCCUUCUGGCAUAUUUUUCAUUCAGUUUGAGUUUGAAAUUUAAGACUAUAUUAAACUUUGUUUAGAAAGAUGCCUUUUAAAUGUUAUGAUAAUAAACAAUCCUGAUAUUGCUGUUGCAAGUUGUCUACAUACAGCUUUUUAUAUAAUGCAUAAGAUUAGACUCUUACGAUUUCUUCCCUGUUGAUAUCAUUUGCAAUAUUCAUGUUCUUGAACUGUUAAAAUUACUAUUAUGUUGACGUCCGUCAAACAAAAAAAAGGUGUUGAUUAGUGUGUUCUCUGCCCUGCUGAAUGUCUGUUGGUUCUGUAAAUGCCAGACAUUCCUUCUCUGUCCCAUUUAUUGUAGUGCAACAACAGCACUGAGAUUUGAAGUUUUCUGUUCCUGAUGUCGUUUGCAUCCACUAUCUUAAUCAUAGAAUUUUGUGAAUAGAUUUCACAUUUUCAUGUUGUUUAAGACAUUUUGUUUGGGACAUUUUCAUCUUUAUUUGACAGUGUAGUAAGGGAAGAAAGAGAGAUAAAAUGGUAUGACAUGCAGCAAAGGUCCCAAGGCCAUUUGAUUGUGCUGUAACCACUCAAAUACCAUGGCUACCACUUUAAUAUGUAUAUACAUAUUUAUUGUUUUGAGUGUUUCCACCUGCUGUCUGGAUUUUAAUAAAUGUGUUAAAACCA